GUUGUUGUGUGGUGCUGAGGGUGCUGAGAGAGUCCAGUUCUCCUGUUGCUGUCAUGGGUUUCAGGGAGGUGCUGCUGUCCUUCCUCCUGUUGUCUGUUGGGAGCUGGUGCAGAGGAGCCGUUAUCACAGGGGCUUGUGAGAGAGAUGUGCAGUGUGGUUUUGGCCUUUGCUGUGCUGUCAGUCUAUGGCUGAGGGGUCUGAGGAUGUGUGUCCCAAGAGGUGUGGAAGGGGAUGAGUGCCACCCCUUUAGCCACAAGGUACCCUAUCCAGGGAAAAGGCAACAUCACACCUGCCCCUGUCUCCCCCACUUGGUGUGCACCAGCUAUGCUGACAGCAAGUACAGGUGUACUGAGGACUUCAAAAACAUGGACUUUUAACAGACGAGUAAACGCCCAGAAUGAUGCAAGCACAACAGAAAACAGAGUGGAAAUCCAAAUGGCCUGCGGAUCAAAAUCUUCUUCAGUGACUUUAUUCUUUAUUUGUGUACUCUAUGCACUAAAAUGUAUGGGUUCUCCUGAUGCACACAACAAGCACAUAAAAAGAAACAGGGAAGUGUAACCAACAAGAUCUACAAUAAACAUGAGACAGCUUUAAUUUAACAAGC